UGUAUCAAUGCCUUGAGUGUAGAGGUGAAGAAGUUUCCUUUUAAAUGUCAAACUCCUAGAGGGCCACGGCCGGGCUCCCACACUCGGUCCAGAGUCCGAGCAGCGAGAAAGUUGCCACCCUCCUCAUCUAGAAGGCGCUUUCCGGUCUCAACGCUUCAGACGCGUGCCCCGGCAACCGUUGCUAAGGGGCGGGACUCAGACCCUGAGCCUAGUUGCCCGCGGCUUGAGAACGUAUGGGAAUUCAAAUAAGGUUCCGCCCCCGUUGCCAUGACGCCCGGACCCGCGACCGGAAGAACGACCCGGAGUGAAGAGAGCACCCUCAGCAGAGGGGCCCGGGGCUGCGGCACCCGGGUCCAACCUGCAGACUGGGCCCCUGAGACCCAGAGCCUGAACACCUUGUCCCUCCCACUGCGCUGCCACAGCCCUGAUGACCACAUCCCUGAUCCCAGGACUGCAGACCUGAGAGAAAGCAUGAAUCUUUUUAAUAAAUGUAACAGGUAUCACCUGUGGACACAUGCUGCCCCCACACCCGGAUGUUUGACCCACAGCAGAAGGCAGCUGCCUGCAGGUUGUGUGAGGAUGGACCCAGCCAGGAAUGGAUGCCCAAGGUCUCGGCCAUACUCAGCCAGUGUCCAGGUGCGGGAGCUGAGCUGGCAGGGCCUGCACAAUCCCUGCCCACAGAGCAAGGGCCCUGAGAGGCACCAGGUCAGCCACAGAGAGCAAUGGAUAAAAGAGCCCCUGUCCCCUGCCCACUUGCAGGCCCUGGCCCAGGCGGAUAACCUCCGAAGUGUGCGGGUAUUAGAGAUAUGUGUGGACACCCUCGAACACAGCCUGGGGAACUUUGGGGUGCACCUUCCCAACCUGAGCCAGCUGAAGUUGACUGGUAGUCGCCUGGGCUCCCUCAGAGACCUAGGUACCUCUCUUGGCCGCCUGCAGGUGCUAUGGCUGGCUCGCUGUGGCCUGGAUGACCUGGAUGGCAUCAGCUCCUUCCCGGCACUGAAGGAACUCUACGUUUCCUACAAUAACAUCUCAGACCUGAGCCCGCUGUGCCUGCUUGACCAGCUAGAGGUGCUGGAUCUCGAGGGCAACAGCCUGGAGGACCUGGAGCAGGUGCGCUACCUGCAGCUGUGCCCGAGGUUGGCCACGCUCACCCUGGAGGGCAACUUGGUGUGCCUGCAGCCAGCCGCCAGCCCAGCUGACAAGGCGCCUGGGUGCUACAACUACAGGGCAGAAGUGAGGAAGCUCAUCCCCCAGCUGCGUAUCCUGGACGAGGUACCCACCACAUGUACCAAUCUGCCUGCCCCCCGGGAGCUGAGCCAGGACUGGCUCAUGGUGAAAGAGGCCAUCAAGGAAGGCAGCAUGCUGGACAGUGUCCUCCCCUCACUGGAUCACACCCAUGGAGCCACACUGCACAAACGUGACCCAGCGCUAAGCCUGCCCGAGACCCCACCCUGGGUCUUGUCCCUGCUAGGCCCAGCAGGACUGACUGAAGGGCUGCUCCCUGAGGACCCAGCCCCUGAAGACCACGCCAGCAACCUCACCCAUGGUGCUGGUCGGGUCCUCUGCGGGAACCUCACCAAAGGCCUAUGGGAGCGUAGGCACCAGUGCCAGGCCCAGAUGCCACCAGAGCAGCUGCCCCUACCUAGAUCAGGUCUGGCUGCCACCCCCGCCACCCCACAACCUGACUCUACUACAGACAGCCAUGAUCUGGUAGUGGCUGGGCUUCCAGGCUGGAGGGAGCUUGAUCUGUGGCCACUGGGAUUCCAGCAGGAAGGGGCUAUAGCCCCCCAGGACCCUUGGAGAACCUGUGAACAGCAAGAGGACCAGGCUGGGCCCAGGCCUUCCCUAGGCCUGGCCUCAGAGCCUUCCAGGACACUGGGCUGCCACCUGAUCCCUUCUCCUCCCAAGAACCCAAUGCCACCUGACUCAACCAGCAGCUCCCCCCAGAGCUCUGCUGACCUGCAAGUCAGAGGACGGAGGCUCAGAGCCCUGGGCAGCCUAAGGCCUGGCCUGGGUGAGGGGUUGACCUCAGUGACCACCCUGAGAGCCCUAGAGGGUACCUCAGGUCCCACCCUCAAGCCUAAUGAUCCAGAACCAAAGCCAGCCCUGGAUCCAGCAGCCAGACCCCCAGCCCUCUGCUGCUUAUGGUAUCUGAGCCCUUCACCCCAGUCCAUCCCCACCCUUGGUGCAAAGCCCACCAUCAGGCUUGCUUGGAAUAGUGCCCAGCAGGCACCCCUGGGGUCCUGGGAGCCCCUGUGGACCCUGGCCCCAUAGACCCAGAGCAUCUGGGCUGGGAGGGUGGGAGGCGGGCCUGGCCCUGGAAAGGUCCUGGGUGGAAAGGAGUCGGGCUUGGGGCCUUCCCUGGAUCCUGACCUCCCUGGGAACAGUCAUCCAGGCAGACCUGGCAGAGAACUCCCAGAUGCGGUCAGGCCUGGGCCAGGUGGCUGGAGCUGGCCUGGGCUUUCUGGGGGCCCAGGGACUGAGUGGCUUACCCCACCA